AUGUAUAACCUACAUUAUUCGGUGAAGCCUUGUCAAAAUAAACCCCUUCAAUAUAAAUUUGACAAAAGAUACCAGGAUGCCCAUUUAAAGGCGUUAGCUAAAAUGAAAUCAACAGUGGAUACAACUGCACCAAAAACAUUUCAGAUUAUUCAUUUAAAUUCUAAAAAAGACAGAAUUGAAAAAGAAAAUUUCAAAAGAAUAACAGAAGAAAAUAACCGUCUUUUGAAGAGGAUGCAUGAAAUUCAGAAACAUGGUAUUAUGGGCAAUGAAAAUGAUCAGUAUAUAGAAAAAAGCUUAAAUGAAGAACAAAGACUGAAAGAAGUCAAGCGAGUAACUCAAGAAAAUAAAGAAAUUCUUAAAAGGCUGAAGAAUUCAAAAAACUUAUAUAAUCGAGAGAAUUGGGAAUAUGAUUGGGCGAAUACUCUUAAAUACAUGACUAACAUAUCAAAAUUUACUAUGUAUCAUCAAAAAUCAGUAUGUUUAUUCUAAUGUGUAUUUAAUGAAUGUUUAUAUAAAUAACCAGCCAAUUGGUUUUCGUAAAUAUAGUACACCGGAUUACAUUUUCCUAAAUAUUUUUUUAUGUUUGAAUAACUGUUUGAUUAAAUUAAUGUUCAAAUAUAAGAUUAAUGACCUAUAGUUUUGGAAUUCACAUAUUUCCCCUUAGAUUAAUCACAGUUGAC